AUGUACCAGGAUGGAGAUUUUAUACUUGGAGGUCUGUUUCAUGUUCACUUUUUCACAGUGUUCCCAGAGCUGAGUUUUCAAACAGAGCCAGCACCACCAUAUUGUGAAAAAUUUAAUAUAGAAAUCUUCCAGCAGGCACAGACAAUGGCUUUUGCAGUAGAUGAGAUUAAUAGGAAUCCAAAUCUGCUGCCAAAUAUCACUCUUGGUUACCACCUUUAUGACAACUGUGUGAGACUAGGAAUAGCAUUCCGAGCAGCCAUAUCCCUGGCUAGUGGGACAGAAGAGUCCUUCUCAAACUUAAACUGCACUGGCCCUCCUCCAGUGAUUGGAAUUGUAGGAGAUCCAAGUUCAACUCCCUCCAUUGCAAUUUCCAAUAUUCUGGGGCUGUUUCGGGUACCUAUUGUUAGUCACUAUGCCACCUGCUCUUGUUUGAGUGACAGGAAAAAGUAUCCAUCUUUCUUCAGAAAUCCCAGUGAUGCUUUUCAGGUGCGAGCAAUGAUUCAGAUUUUGAGAUAUUUUGGAUGGACUUGGGUUGGUCUCAUUUACAGUGAUGAUGAUUACGGCAUCUACGCUGCUCAGUCCUUCCAGCAGGAAAUGUUGCUGUUUGGAUAUUGUGUUGCUUUUUCUACAAUUCUUCCCCAUGACAACAACCACAGAGAUAUUCAACGUAUAACAGCCAUCAUUCAGGCCUCUACAGCUAGAGUGGUAGUUGUUUUUUCCACUUCAUCCUUUCUGAUACCUUUGAUGGAGGAGGUGGUGUUACAGAACAUGACAGGAAGGCAGUGGAUUGCAAGUGAAGCUUGGACCACCUCUCCAGUAUACCACACUCCACGUUUCCUGCCAAUCCUAGGGGGCACACUGGGCAUAGCUAUCAGGCGAGGAGAAAUCCAGGGCCUUCAUGACUUUCUGCUACGUCUCAUUCCCAGUAAUGAUCAAAGAAAUAGUAUAAUAAGGAUUUUUUGGGAAAAUAUUUUUGGGUGUAGUUUUGAAAAGGGGGGUAAAGAGACAUUUGGAGAGCAAGUAAAAAAGAUUUGUACAGGACAGGAGGAUUUGAGCACCACAAACACACCAUAUACUGAUGUUUCAGGGCUAAGAGCAGCUUAUAAUGUCUAUAAAGCAGUUUAUGCCCUGGCACAUGUACUUCAUGACCUAAUGCAGUGUGAGGAGGGUAGAGGACCAUUCAAUGGGAACAGCUGUGCUGAAACAACAAAUCUGAAACCCUGGCAGCUGGUUCACUACCUCCAAAAUGUAAACUUUACCACAGGCUUUGGGGAUCAAGUGUCAUUUGAUAAAAAUGGAGAUGCUUUGCCUAUUUAUGAUGUGCUGAACUGGCACCCAAGCUCUGAUGGAUCAAUAAGGCUACACGCAGUUGGGGUAGUAAACAAAGGAGCAGCAAUGGAGAUGGUGCUUACAUUGGAUGAUGAUUCACUAUACUGGAAUUUUGAGACAAGAAAAUCUGUGUGCAGUGAGAGCUGCCCUCCAGGCACCAGACAAGCAAGGAGAAAGGGUCUUCCUGUUUGCUGUUUUGACUGCUUGCCAUGUGGAGAUGGAGAGAUUUCUAAUGCAACAGGUGCUAUUGAGUGCACAGUAUGUCCGGAUGAGUUCUGGUCCAAUCCAGAGAAGGAUCAGUGUAUACCAAAAGAAGUAGAGUUUCUGUCUUAUGAGGAUCCUCUGGGCAUCUCUCUGACCAUUGCUUCCCUGAUUGGUACCUGCUUCUGUGCUCUUGUGAUGCUCAUCUUUGCUUUACAUCGUAACACUCCUAUAGUACGUGCCAACAAUUCAGAGCUCAGCUUCCUGCUUCUGUUGUCACUAAAAAUGUGCUUCCUUUGUGUGUUGCUGUUUAUUGGUAGACCACAGUUGUGGACAUGUCAGUUAAGACAUGCUGUGUUUGGCAUAAGCUUUGUCCUGUGCAUCUCUAGCAUUCUGGUCAAGACUAUGGUAGUAAUAGCUGUGUUCAAGGCAUCUCGACCAGAAGGCAAAGGAGCAAUGAAAUGGUUUGGAGCAGCUCAACAAAGAUGCACAGUUCUGUUCCUCACGGCCCUCCAGGUUGUUAUAUGUGUAGUAUGGCUAUUAACCGCCUCUCCAACACCCCAUAAAAACAACCAAUAUAUUCGCUCUAAAAUAGUCUAUGAAUGUGCCAUUGGCUCAGUGGCUGGUUUUUCUCUGCUGCUGGGAUACAUUGGACUGUUGGCAGCAAUAAGCUUCUUGUUAGCCUUCAUGGCCAGAAAUCUCCCAGAUAAUUUUAAUGAAGCAAAGUUCAUCACUUUUAGCAUGUUGAUUUUCUGUGCUGUGUGGAUUGCAUUUGUUCCAGCAUAUGUGAGUUCCCCAGGAAAAUAUGCAGUUGCUGUAGAAAUUUUUGCCAUCCUGGCUUCCAGUUUUGGAUUAUUAGUGGCCAUAUUUGCACCAAAGUGCUACAUCAUCCUUUUACAUCCAGAGAGAAACACUAAAAAUGCCAUAAUGGGAAGAGAAAUGCAAAAUAAAUAG